AUGUCAGGUUUAUUGACAAAUAUUCACGAAACAGCUGGCGCGGUGAAGGAAGCCGGGAGAGCAUACUUAGUUUCUGGAAAUUAUGAAUACUAUCAUUAUUUCUGUGAUGGUUUUGAUGACAGAGGUUGGGGAUGCGGCUACAGGACUUUGCAAACAAUUUGUUCCUGGAUAAAUAAUAAUCAAAACAACUGCGUUAAAGUUCCUUCUAUUAGAGAAAUUCAAGAUAUGUUGGUACAACUAGAAGACAAACCUCAGUCAUUUUUGGGAUCUAGGCAGUGGAUUGGUAGUUUUGAAGUAUGCCUAAUUAUAGACAAGUUAUAUGACAUUCCAUGUAAGAUUAUCCAUGUUAACAAAGGAGAUCAAUUGAAUACUAUAGUGGAUGCACUAGUUCAUCAUUUUGAUAAGUUUGCUAGUCCUAUUAUGAUGGGAGGUGAUGUCGAUUGUGCAUCAAAGGGUAUUAUGGGCCUGCAUAUUGGUCAGAAGGAUCCUAGCUUGUUAAUUGUAGAUCCACAUUAUGUUGGCACCAUAAAAACAAAACAAUUCUUAUUCAACAAAGGCUUUGUGAAGUGGCAGCAAUUAUCUGACUUCUUAGACUCAUCUUUUUACAAUUUAUGUUUACCUCAAAUAAAAGCUAAGUCUAAAUCAUGA